AUGGGACAGACUCAGACUACUCCUUUAAUUAUGAUUGAUGAUCAUUUCAAAGAGAUUAGGGGAAGAGCCAACGAGCUCAGUGUGGAGGUCCGGAAGGGUCAGUGUCAGACUUUUUGUUCCAGCGAGUGGCCCACUUUCAAUGUCGGAUGGCCGCCAGAGGGAACUUUCGACCUCCCUACCAUCCAUCGGGUCAGAGAUGUUGUCUCCCGGCCCAAGAAGGGUCAUCCUGAUAAACUCCCUUACAUUAUUACUUGGCAGGACCUUGUGGAGGACCCACCCUCUUGGCUUAAGCCCUUCCUGGCCCCACGCCCUCCAGAGCCGAGACCUAUUCUUGCUUUGCAGGGGACAGAGAAGGAGGAGGAGAAGAAGGUCACACAGCCAUCAGCUCCCCUCUACCCUGUCUUGCAGGGGGGAACUGAAGAAGAACUAAUUUUUCUUCCCCCGUAUCAGUCCCCUAGAGUGCCGGAGGGACCCAGCCAACCCCCAUCUGGGGAAGCAGACGCUGCUCCGAGAGCAGAGCACGGAGGAGUUCCAGUGGGAAGCCCGCCCUAUACCAGACAAAGGGCUCAGAGAGAGCAGUCUGCCUCCGUCGCCGACUCCACUAUUAAGACCCUACCCCUGCGAGCCACCAGUCCCCCGGAUGAGGGGGGCAAUCAGCCCCAUCACUACUUGCCUUUCACCACUAGUGACCUCUGUAAUUGGAAAGCUCAAAAUCCUAAGUUCUCUGAAAAGCUGGCAGGGCUCAUUGAUUUACUAGACUCUGUUCUUUUCAUCCAUCAGCCUACCUGGGACGACUGUCAGCAGCUUUUGCAGGUCCGAUUCACCACUGAGGAGAGGGAAAGGAUCCUCAAUGAGGCCCGAAAGCUAGUCCUGGGCAUGGACGGGAAUCCUACCACCAACCAGGCUCAGAUAGAUACCUCCUUUCCUCUAACUAGGACUGAAUGGGAUUUCAACACGGCAGAAGGUAAGGAGAGGCUCCGGGUCUACUGCCAGACUCUAAUGGGAGGUCUUCGGAUGGCUGCUAGGAAGCCGACUAAUUUGGCUAAGGUAGGAAAUAUACAGCAGGAGAAGGAUGAAUCUCCAGUGGCCUUCCUAGAGCAGGUCAUGGAGGCGUUCCAUACCUAUAACCCCAUGGACACAGAGGCUCCUGAAAACAAGGCGACUGUUAUCAUGGCCUUUGUAAACCAAUCUGCUGCAGACAUUAGGAGAAAACUGCAGAAGAUAGAAAGACGAGGGGAGAAAAGUCUUCAGGACUUGCUGGUAGUAGCCGAAAAGGUGUACAACAACCGGGAGCCCCCUGAAGAUAAACAGGCUUACGCCGUGGUGGCUGCCAGCAGUAAGCAAACCCGAGACCUGGCCAGGAUUCUGCUGGCUACCACCGCGGACUCUCCUGAGGAACGGGACCGUCACCUCCGACAGCUUGCGAGUGACCGGAAAAGAGGUAAGGAGACAACCAGGGAAGGGAGGCGGAGGCUGCAGAAGGAUCAGUGUGCUUACUGCAAGGAAAUAGGGCAUUGGACCCGAGAAUGUCCAAAGAAGGCCGGCGGGAAGUGAAGCAAGACUGAUUGAGUGAAAAUCUUAGAGCUGGAUGAACUGAGCGAUUAGGGGAUUCGGGGUUCGGACCCCCUCCCCGAGCCCAGGGUAACUCUUAUCGUGGAGGGGACCCCUUUUGACUUCCUUGUCGACACCGGAGCGCAAUAUUCGGUCCUCCGCACAUCUCAGGGGAAGCUAGCAAACAAGAAGUCCUGGGUACAAGGGGCAACUGGUAUGAGCCAAUAUUCAUGGACUACCUGAAGAAUGGUAGAUCUAGGAACGGGCCGGGUAUCCCACUCCUUUAUGGUGAUACCAGAAUGCCCCUACCCACUAUUAGGACGGGACUUACUGACCAAGAUUGGAGCUCAGAUAAUUUUCAGUCAAGGGGGGCCUCAGGUCAACGACGGCAAAGUCCACCCCAUCCAGGUUCUGACUCUGAGACUGGAGGAUGAGUACCGCCUCCACCAGAAGGCGUCCCCAAUAGAGAACAACAUGGACAGAUGGCUACAAGAAUUCCCCACAGCUUGGGCAGAGAGGGGCGGGGUAGGACUAGCCACUCACAGGACCCCAAUCCUAGUAGAGCUAAAACCAGGAGAAGGCCCAGUAAGGAUCAAGCAGUACCCUAUGUCUCAGGAGGCCCGGAACGGUAUCCAUCCUCACAUCCGGAGACUGCGAAGCCUAGGGGUACUAGUUCCCUGCCAAUCUGCCUGGAACACCCCCCUCCUGCCAGUCAAGAAACCUCACACGAAUGACUACCAACCAGUACAGGACCUCCGGGAAGUAAAUAAAAAAGUCAUGGAUAUACACCCAAUAGUUCCCAACCCAUAUACUCUCUUGAGCUCCUUGGCACCCUCUAGAGCAGGGGUGGUCUGGUAUACCGUAUUAGAUUUAAAGGAUGCCUUCUUCAGCCUGCUGCUGGCGCCCCGAAGCCAACCCUUAUUUGCCUUCGAAUGGCACGACCUGGAGGAGGGCUACAGUGGACAAUUAACUUGGACACAGUUGCCUCAGGGGUUCAAGAAUUCGCCCACCAUCUUUGACGAGGCGCUACACGAGGACCUGGGUGAGUACAGGAGGGAGAACCCUGGCCUCACUCUCCUCCAGUACGUAGAUGACAUUCUGAUUGCUGCCAACACGGCCAAGGACUGAGCGGGGACCCAGGAUCUGCUGGCCACCUUGUGGGCCUUAGGGUACCGGGCAUCUGUGAAGAAGGCUCAGAUAUGCAGAGAGAGGGUGAGUUACCUGGGAUACAUCCUAGAGGGCGGACAGCGGCAGUUAUCAGAUGCCAGAAAAGAAACUGUCCUGAAAAUCCCUACUCCCACCUCCCGAAGGGAAGUAAGGGAAUUCCUAGGAUCGGCCGGCUACUGCCGCCUCUGGAUACCGAGUUUUGCUGAGAUCGCCAGGCCCCUAUAUGAAGCUACCAAAGAGGGGAGGGCAUUUGAAUGGACUGAGAAAGAAGAGGCUGCCUUUAACCAGUUAAAGAAAGCCCUCCUAGCUGCUCCAGCCCUGGGCCUGCCAGACAUUACAAAGCCCUUUCACCUCUUUGUAGACGAACACAGAGGAAUAGCGAAAGGGGUUUUAACUCAAGCCUUGGGCCCCUGGAGCCGCCCAGUAGCUUACCUGUCUAAGAAGCUAGAUCCAGUAGCUGCCGGCUGGCUGCCGUUCCUAAGAAUUAUUGCAGCAACAGCAAUCAUAGUCAAGGACACCGACAAACUGACCCUGGGGCAGGAAAUCCGGAUCACAACCCCGCAUGCCAUUGAGGGAUUCCUGAAACAGCCUCCUGAUAGAUGGAUGAGCAACGCAUGUAUGACCCAUUAUCAGAGCCUUCUGCUCAACCCUCCUAGAGUGCGGUUCCACCCCACUGUGGCCCUUAACCCCGCCACUUUGCUGCCCGACCCUGACCUAGAUGCCCCACUACAUGACUGUGCGGGAAUCCUAGAGCAAGUACAUGGAUUCCGGAAGGACUUGACUGACCAGCCUCUCCCAGAUGCCGAGGCCACUUGGUUCACGGAUGGGAGCAGCUUUAUACAGGACGGGCACAGGUACGCGGGUGCAGCGGUGGUCACUGAAACGGACACCUUAUGGGCAGAAGCUCUACCCUCCGGAACGUCAGCCCAGCGAGCAGAACUCAUCGCCCUCACUAAGGCGCUGACGCUGGGAGUUGGAAAACGGCUCAACAUCUACACAGAUAGCCGUUAUGCGUUUGCCACAGCUCAUGUUCAUGGGGCAAUCUAUCAGGAGAGGGGGUUACUGACGGCAGAGGGAUGGACUAUAAAAAAUAAGCAGGAGAUACUCAACCUGCUUACGGCCUUAUGGCUUCCUGCCAAGUUAGCCAUAAUCCACUGCCAAGGGCACCAGAAGACUGAUGACCCGGUAGCAAGAAGUAACCAAAAGGCUGACCAGGCAGCCAAGGCAAUGGCCCUUACUUCGGUCCCCACCAUGGCCCUACAACUACCGGACCCGGGGGACCCAGUUUUACCAGACCAGCCCAGAUACUCCCAGGAGGAGUUGCAGCAGAUCAGGAAACUUCCCCUAGCCCAGGAGAUAAAGGGAUGGUGGUAUACACCGGACAAGGAGCUCAUACUGCCAGACCGGCUCGGAGUCCCAGUGUUAGAACACAUGCACCGGUCCACCCACCUGGGGGCCCGGAAAUUAAAGAACUUAAUCCAGCAUGCCGGAAUCAAGAUUCACCAGCAAAACUCCAAAAUAAAUAAAGUUGUAUCCGCCUGUAAGACCUGCCAACUCACAAACGCGAGGGCCAGGUCGAGUCAAAAAGGAACCAGGCUCAGAGGAACCAAGCCGGGAGCUCAAUGGGAGAUCGACUUCACCAAAGUCAAGCCAGGGAAGUAUGGUUAUAAAUAUCUUUUAGUAUUUAUAGACACCUUUUCUGGAUGGGUAGAGGCAUAACCAACCAAGCAUGAAACAGCUCAGAAGGUAGCCAAGAAACUGCUAGAAGACAUCCUACCCAGGUAUGGAUUUCCUGCUAUGAUAGGAUCAGACAACGGGCCAGCUUUUAUUUCACAGGUAACACAGGCAGUAGCCAAGGCUAUAAGGGCAGAUUGGAAAUUGCAUUGUGCCUAUAGGCCCCAAAGUUCACGGCAGGUAGAAAGGACGAAUAGAACCCUAAAAGAGACCCUUACUAAAUUAACCAUGGAGACUGGGGACUGGGUGGCUCUCCUACCGUAUGCCCUUUACCGAGUGAGGAACUCCCCUUACACCCUGGGCUUUACUCCCUAUGAGAUCGUGUUUGGCAGGCCACCCCCUAUCAUUCCUAACCUUAAAGCUGAGCUUCUCGCUGAAUUUGAAAAUCAAAUAUCUUUUCUCUUAAGAGGACUCCAGAGGGCGCACAAGGACUUUUGGCCGUACCUCUGUGCCAUCUACGAGGCUGGCCGGACCCUGACGCCUCAUCAGUACAGACCGGGAGACUGGGUGUUCAUUAAGAGACACCGCCGGAAGACCCUCGAGCCGCGUUGGAAGGGUCCCUACGUCGUAGUGCUGACUACACCCAUCGCUCUCAAGGUAGACGGCGUCGCGACCUGGAUCCAUCACACCCACGUCCGCCCAGCUGAUCCCUCUGCAGUCCAGAAGGACCUCAUCACACAUUGGAGCCUUGAUCACAAUCAGCACAACCCGAUCAAGCUCAAGCUACGGUGCAUUCGACCCGCCUGA